UCUACAAUGUAGACUAAUUAUCUGAAUGAAUAAGACAUGUGUUUUAUGGGUUACUUACACCGUGUUUAUUACAUUAUAAUAUCAACAUAAAAUCACAGCUGAGCUUUAUGUAAAACACACUACACUUUUGAACUUCACAAGAAUUAUUUAGCCUAAUGGAACAACAUUUUGUGAGCACGGACCACUCUGGCCGUCAUUCCAGCGACUACGAGAUCGUGGCAAUGAAAAAUGACCCCCAGAAUAAACAACACCAUAAUGUGACAACUUCAACCAUACAAUUAGCAGGCGGGGGUAACUCGUCGUCAUCGUCAUCAAAUGUGACGUUUGAAAUACAGCAAGUCCCAACAGGAACUUUUUUGAACGAGUCGUCAGUAGGUGCAGUGAUCGACUCUGGAAUUGCUCCGUCCUUUUUCGAUAACCUUGAGCAAAGUGGUCAAGUCAUAUUCAAAGGGAUCCUGGACCACAAUGGAGCACUUGUUCUGGACCCUGCUCAGUUUGCUGCUCUUCUUGGUGGUGUUCAGAUAGAACAGCAGCAGGCUGUUGUGGGAGCACCGUCACGACACCGAGGUCUUUUGCCAGUAGCAGGACAAGUCCAGUCCGCCGUACCUUUGAUGCCUCUAAGUGAGAAUAAUAAGAUGUACAAAGUAUCAUCGUCAAAUCUGAGUGAAACAUCUGGUUCUACAGAGCCACCGCCACUAAUUAUACAAACCUUAUCGUCCGUAAACUUAACGAAUCCGAACAAUUCCAUUAAAACCUUGUCGUCAUUAUCGUCAUCAUCAUUAAGGGGAAGUAUUACAACGACGACUGCGUCCAUCUCCAAGUUGAUUUCAACAACAGAGAUUAAUUCAAAUUAUAACGACAUUUCUGGAAAUAUAGCAACACAACAGGGAAGUAGCGGUAUUAAUAAUGACAGCAACAAACCUCCUAGCAAUGGGACGGAAAUUGAAAAUCAGCAGCCAGAAUGUUUCACAGAAUUGUCGACGGCAGAACCAAUAAAUAGAGGACCCUAUAAGUGUCAGGAAUGUGAUAAGGUGUUAAUUUCAUGGUCUCAUUUCAAACGUCACAAGUCAGAACAUUUAGACGCCAAAGCAUUUCAGUGCUUACUGUGUUCAAUGUCAUUUAACUUUGAAAUUAAUUUGAAACUUCACGAAAGUAUACACGAAGCAGAGAUCUCGGGAUGUCUGGAGUGUCAAAUAUGUCCUGCAAAAUUUUCAAGGUUGGCAAGUUUAAGAAGCCAUGUUCGAGUUCAUGAAAAAGAAGAAAAUCAAGUGUGUCCGGAAUGCGGGGAUGAAUUUGCUACAAAAGCACGACUAGAUACUCAUCUAGAGGAGCACAAGACCACCAUCUCUUUGAUUUAUAGGUGUAAACUAUGUGGAACUUCUUUUGCUUCUGCUUCACUUUUAAGAUGUCAUUCCAAAGAACAUUCUGCCGUCCGGAACCAAUUGAAACUUCUAAACCCUAGGAGAAAACGACCCGUUGUUCAACCGCAGGUCAAGACUGGCUUGACAGAGACUACAGAUAACCAGGAGAGUCACGAACCUAGUGCUGCUAGUAGAUCAUCAAGAAUCAAGGACAAGAAAAAGUUGCAUUGUUCUAUAUGUUCCAAGCGGUUUGAAAAACCUAGUCAACUUACCAGGCACAUGAGGAUUCACACUGGAGAAAAGCCUUAUUCGUGCAACCAAUGUGGCCGGAGUUUCAACCAAAAGAACACACUAGACAGUCACAUAUUAUCAAUGCAUGAAAAGCUGAAACCCCAUACUUGUCAUCUUUGUAAUUGUCAAUUUAGUCAACGUGGUAAUCUCCGUGCCCAUGUUUUAAAAGUCCAUAUUCACCCAGGAAAUGGAGAAAAAUGCUUCGAAUGUGAAGACUGUUCUUGCGUAUUCAAGAAAUUGGCGAGUUUGAACACCCACAUUGCCAAAGUUCAUUCAAAGACAAAACAGCCCAGUGGUGAACUCAUUGAUGACAAUACAGAUUCGCCUAGAGUUAUGUUUAUUGGGAUGCCGCCAAUCCUCCCUUCAUUGAUCUCGGCAUCAUCGUCUGGGUCGCUGGAAGCUAAAGAACAACAAUUAGUUUUUAAUCCAGUGACAAACAUUUCUUAUGAUACUCUGCCUACCAUUUCCGAGGUCAGUGUGAUACAUGAGGCUGCUGGAAUUCCACGAACAGCGUAUAACGUUAAAGUUAAGCGAGUGGGUCAAGACAAGUUUCAUCUUUGUCCAUAUGAUUGCAACAAGUCAUUCAAGAAACCGUCGGAUUUAAUACGUCACAUUCGAAUUCAUACCCAAGAGCGACCAUAUGUCUGCACAAUUUGUAGGAAAUCAUUUUCAGUGAAAUCGACAUUAUCCAUCCACAUGAAGACACAUGCCGACCAAAAAGACUGGGAAUGUCGAGAUUGUCAUAAAAAAUUUACUGUCUUAACUUCUCUUCGAGCACAUGAGCGAGUACACACGGGUGCCAAACCUUUUUCCUGCAUUUCUUGUCACAAAUGGUUUAGAACAUCAUCUCAACGUAGGGUUCACAUGAGAGUGCAUUCCCGGAAUUCUCAAGGAUUAACUGGGAAAAGACGUCUUUUGCGUAUCGGUGACACUGGACCUAAAAUUGACCUUUCGGACCCGUUAAAAAUUACCUCCGCUGGGUUAAUACCUGUCCCUAGUCGAUCUAUCCAGUCAGUUGUUACACAAGAGGCUGGUCAGGACCCCAAAUGUCGUCCUUAUCGUUGUUCCAUGUGUCCUUCUGGAUUUAAAAAAUCCUCCCAUUUGAAACAGCAUCAGCGGUCACACACUGGCGAAAGACCGUAUCAAUGUUUCCAAUGUUUUAGAAGCUUCAUAUCUAGUGGUGUAUUGAAGAAUCAUAUCAAAACCCAUGAAGGAGUGCGUGCAUACAAAUGUAAAGAAUGUCAAUUGUCCUUUACUACAAAUGGGAGUUUAACUCGACACAUGGCGACUCACAGAGAAGAGAGGUCAUUCAUUUGCCCAUACUGCCACAAGGGUUUCAAAACUAGUGUAGCUUGUAGAAAACACAUUAAGACGCAUCGAAGUGAAUUCGUUGCUCUCCAUACCAAAAGGGAUCCUGACAAGAAUCAAGUCAACAACACAAACGAUAACAACAACGGUGCUGAACAGAUUAGCGUAAAUCAAGCUCACCAGCAAAAAGAAGAUGAUGAUUUAGCAAGUAACGAGGAAGAAAACAUUUCCGAGGGAAAUGGUCACACUUUUUCCAGAACAGGGGCGUCUAACAUCCCAAACCGAAAUGUCGAACCAGAUGGUCGUACCAAACUGUUUGAACCAGUUCUGCCUCCAAAUAAAAGUUCCUUGCCCUCAACAACCUAUGAAUGCAUCACGGGAGAUUUGUCAGACAACCUUUUGCAUCAAGAAAAGAAAAUCUACAGUAUGUCAUCUAAUGUGGUUCAUAUGAACAACAGCAGUGUGCAUUUUGGAGAUGAUCGCAACAGCAGAACUUCUCAACCUCUUAUUCAUUAUUCCGUUUCAUCCAUUGACGACGCUGUGACUCAUAUAUCACUCGCAGAUGCCCAAUCGUUCGAAAAUUCUAUCUUUACGCUGCAGCAUGGAUCCACCCACAUUGAUUUACCAGUAGUGUCGUUGUCUUCCCUAAUUACUACAUCAUCAUCAGCCGUACAUACAGAUACGCGUCCUACGGUUUUCACUCAACCUGCUACAUUUGUCAGAGUAGAAGACGCUAAUCAUAAUCCUGGCGACAAAAAUAAUGAUGACGAAUCAGAUAUUCCUCUUCAUGUGGAAACUGUUCAAACUGUUAUUACUUCAGAGGACUGUGAUGAUGAAAUCAGCAAAAUUCGAGACAGUUCUCGUCCAAUAUCACAACAAAUAUACAAUGAGAUGCAAACCGCAGCCUCAACAGAAGUGCAAGUGAAUAUGACAGAGCUGCUACUGAAUAAUUUUGGCGAGUUAGAAAAGGGAAAAAUGAAUAUCUGCACGCAUUGUGGAAGAGGAUUUAAAAAACGGUCUGAUUUAGUUCGCCAUACAAGAAUUCACACUGGGGAGAAGCCGUUUAGAUGUACUGCGUGUGGAAAAGCAUUUCGUGUCAAGUCAACGAGAGAAGCUCAUAUGAGGACACAUGAAGGGGGAAAGACAGUCGCCUGCCAUGUCUGUAACAAUCUGUUUUCAACGAAAAGUAGUUUGCGUGUGCAUCUUCGGCUACACACCGGAUCGAGACCAUAUAAAUGUAUGCACUGCGAACGCACAUUUCGCACUUCAGGACAUCGCAAAGCCCACAUUUCGUCACACUUCAAGACGUCCAAAGAGUUUAAUAAAAAUAUUGGAGCUCGCAAACUUCCUACUUCCAUACUUCCACCGGUACAAACUAUCAAGGAGAAACUCGAAAUUUCUGGGUCUGUUGAUAACCCACAAUCUCAACAACACCAAGUCAACCAUGAAGAUCACCACACAAUAUACACAGUAAAUACACUAGAACAACAACAAAGCGUCGUUCAUCAAGGUUCAUCAUCAUCUACUAUGCAAGACCCUGUUCAAAUAAUAGGAAGUCUUCAAGUCUCAAUGGAUGGCUCACAAGUUCAAAAUAUUCAUUUGGGAGGCCUAGAUCUUAGUACGCUUCAAAUCAGCGAAGAAUUACUUCAAAGUCUUGGAAGUGUAAUAUUUGUAGCUCCACACACCAACCAGAUUAUCACCGCUGCGGAUCUGAGUAACGUUAACCUUAUCGGACCUGGAGUUACAAUUCACACCGACUCAGAUAUUGUUGAAAAUCAGCAAGGCAUGCAGCAGAACAUGGAUAUUGAAGUGAAGCAAUCCUCAUCAACUGUUGUCACACAAAAUCAUCAAGUACAACAAACUUCGCUUACCUCAAUUGUGUCAAUGUCUGAUUUGGAAACACUUAUUCCUGCAAACAACAAUUUGAUCGGACUCGCUCACUUUAGCUCAAACAAUGUUGUUGUCAAUAAUUCCCCAAUGCUAUCGUCCACCUCAACAGCAAUUUCAUCAUCGUCAUCAUCGUCAUUACCUAAUAGCAACAUCAAAGAUGGCUCAAUGAUAACAACAACUAAAGAAAUAAGUAAUGGGAGUAAUGAUAAUGGAGGCGAUGCCAAAGAUAACAACGUUGUGAUGGUCUCUCAACCUCAGCCUACGAACAACAAACAAUGUCCAAUAUGCGACAAGAUAUUCGCAAAGCCUUCUCUUCGCAAUCGUCACAUGACGGUCCAUACAGGGAUCAAGCCCUUCAAGUGUGACAUUUGCAGUUGUACCUUUAAUCAGAAAAACUCCCUCGAUGUUCACAAGUAUACGCACUGCACGGAGAGACCCUUCGUCUGUACAAGUUGUCCCUUUAAAACUGUAGCCAAAGGGUCUUUAAAGACACAUAUUCAACGAGCCCAUCCAAAUGCAAACAUGGAGGAAAUGUUGAAUGCCUCAGAGGUCAAGUUUUAGUUUAAAUUUAAGCAGACUUCACAAUUGUUUUAUAAAUUUUGACAGUAACUUGAAUAUAGAGAAGAGUUGUAUAUUUUUAUGAAAUAAAGACCAUAUUCGUUUUUUAUCAACUUUGAUUAACCAAAA